AGAAGCCUUUGCUCAAGCCGUAGAACCAUCACGCCUUGUUCUAUCCCGCUCCUUCGCACCGUCGCGAUGAAUCAGCAGCAGCAACAGCAGCCGGAGGUCGCGCCCAAGGUGAAUGCCUUCCGCAGCUUUUGCAUCCAGAUGGUGGACCAGCUUUGCAUCGAGUACGAGCGAGAGGUGAGCCAGAUGAGCAAGGACAUCCUCCUCUACCGCGGCGAGCUUGCGCGCUGUGCGGACCUGCUCGCCUUCCAGUUGGGUAAGGAGAAGGAAUACCACAACAUGCUGGAAAACAUUUGCGGGAACAGCUCCAUGCUGGUGGGCAAGGCUGCUGAGGUGGGGCAGAAGCACGGUGCCCACGAGGCCACGAAGCAGCAGAUGCACCAGCUCCUGGAGGAAAUGUUCACAGGUGGCAAGGGGGCGCUGGCCGACAGCUUCGGCAGCCUGGACGAGCACCGGCAGCUGGCGGAGAAGCACCUCAUGAGCUCCGCGGAGCUGCAGAACCAAAACGCUGCCAUCGCCAAGGAGCUGGACAACAUCUUGCAGACCCUGAACGUGCCGCCAGUAUCCUAUCGCGAAGCGCCAGUGAUGAUGGGACCCUCACAGAUGAACGGGCCGACCAAUGCGGGCCCGCCCCGCUAUGGCGGCAUGAACGGUGGGAUGAAUGGCGGCAUGGGUGGCCCAAUGGGUGGGAUGAAUUCCUCAAUGAAUAUGUCGGCCAACCCGAACGGGCCAGGCCGCUUCAGCCCUCCAAAUGUGCCUUCGAACCCCGGCUCUCCGCAGUACUCCCCAGGUGGCCGUUCUGGCCCUGGAACGCCGACCAACUUCGGGGGUCGCCGGGGGCCGGGGCAAAUGGCUUGAGUCAAUUGGCCUCGCUUGGGUUGGACCCGGGGCACUGGGCUGGGUGUUUGAAGAGCGGGGCCU